AGGCGGUUUAAGUUUAAGUUUUAGCUGCUACUAAUUUUCUCUGUCAUCGCCACUUCUCUUCUUACUUCACUGCACAUUUUUCAAUUUUCAGUUUCCAUUUUCACUCACUUUCUCUCUCUUUCAUGCCGGAGGUUUCUCUCUCUUCCGAGACCCAAAUAAAAACCCUAAACCUUCGCAGAGGAACCGCACUCUUCAGAUCUGCCACUUCGCUAACCACUAUGACUUACUAGCCAUGUCUGCUUCCGAUCCCAAACCGCCACACCGUCCGGGGCCGUGGCCGCCGGCGCCGGCGCCGGACGCCAAGCCAAUGCCGCCUUCUUCCUGGGCCAAGAAAACGGGCUUCAGGCCCAAGUUCUCCGGCGAGGCCAAUGCCAGCGACUCGGGCCAGAUAGCUCUGCAGCCCAAGCCCAGGGAGCCGGACACUAAUGUGGAUCUCGAAGCGGGCCGGGCCCAGGCGAACGGCGUGGCCCACCGCGACAAGGCUCCGCCGCUUCCCCCUCCUUCCAAGGAUCAGGUAGCGAAGAAGCGCAGGGACUCCGACGGAGUCCCCAAGAGUUCGGUUCUCAGCACCAAUGGCCAGGCCACCGCGGAGCCACCGCGGCGCUCGGCGAGGCACGAGGAAGUGGUGGAUGCGCCGCCGCUGAGUGUGGACGACGACGGUUUCGUUUCGAGGCAUUCGCAUAUGAAGUACGAGCUCAGAGAUUCACCUGGUUUAGUUCCCAUUGGUGUGUAUGGUAUUCAGCAUUACGUUUCGGUGUUGGGUUCGUUGAUUCUGGUUCCGCUGGUUAUAGUGCCGGCAAUGGGAGGUUCUCAUGAGGAUAUUUCUGCGGUGGUGUCGACGGUGCUGUUUGUGUCGGGAGUGACUACACUGUUGCAUACCAGUUUUGGGUCGAGGUUGCCUUUGAUACAGGGGCCUUCCUUUGUUUAUCUGGCUCCGGCCUUGGCGAUCAUCAACUCUCCCGAGUUUCAAGGGUUGAAUGGAAAUAAAUUCAAACAUAUAAUGAAGGAGCUGCAGGGGGCUAUAAUUAUUGGAUCAGCUUUUCAAACAUUCCUGGGAUAUACUGGACUUAUGUCACUGUUAGUAAGGUUGAUCAAUCCUGUGGUUGUAUCCCCAACUAUUGCUGCAGUUGGACUUUCAUUUUACAGUUAUGGUUUUCCGCUAGUUGGUACAUGUCUCGAGAUUGGUGCAGUGCAGAUAUUAGUGGUUAUUGUUUUUUCUCUUUAUCUUCGUAAGAUUUCUGUUCUUGGACAUCGCAUAUUUCUAAUAUAUGCAGUUCCUUUGGGUCUGGCAAUCACAUGGGCAGCUGCUUUCUUGCUGACUGAAGCGGGGGUCUAUAACUACAAAGGGUGUGACAUAAAUAUACCCGCCUCAAAUAUGGUUUCUGAGCACUGCAGAAAGCAUGUCUCAAGGAUGAAGCAUUGUCGAGUUGAUACUUCUCAUGCAUUGAAAUUAUCCCCAUGGUUUAGAUUUCCUUAUCCAUUACAAUGGGGUACUCCUGUCAUCCAGUGGAAAAUGGCUCUUGUGAUGUGCGUGGUUUCCUUAAUCUCAUCUGUGGAUUCGGUUGGUUCAUAUCAUGCAUCUUCAUUAUUGGUAGCAUCCAGACCUCCGACUCCCGGAAUUCUUAGUCGAGGAAUUGGUUUAGAAGGUAUUUGUAGUGUCUUGGCUGGUCUCUGGGGAACUGGAACAGGGUCUACUACCUUAACUGAAAAUGUUCAUACAAUUGCUGUCACCAAAAUGGGAAGUCGCAGAGCAGUUCAAUUGGGUGCCUGCUUUCUGAUAGUGUUGUCUCUCGUGGGUAAGGUGGGAGGGUUUAUUGCUUCAAUUCCUGAAGUCAUGGUUGCUGGUCUCCUAUGCUUUAUGUGGGCAAUGCUUUCAGCACUGGGCUUGUCAAAUCUACGCUAUAGUGAGGCUGGAAGCUCUCGCAACAUCAUCAUAAUUGGGUUAUCGUUGUUUUUCUCUCUUUCCAUACCUGCCUACUUUCAACAAUAUGGUAUCUCUCCAAAUUCCAAUUUGUCAGUGCCAAGUUAUUUUCAACCCUACAUUGUGGCUUCUCAUGGGCCUUUCCGCACCAAAUAUGGAGGGUUAAACUACUUCCUGAACACAAUCUUUUCACUACACAUGGUGAUAGCAUUUCUUGUGGCUGUGAUCUUGGAUAAUACUGUGCCAGGCAGUAAGCAGGAACGUGGGGUAUACGUUUGGUCCGAACCAGAGGUUGCUAGAAGCGAGCCUGCUGUUGCUAAUGACUAUGAGUUGCCCUUGAGAGUUGGUAGGCUUUUCAGAUGGGUGAAGUGGGUUGGCUUGUGAAUGAAAAAGGUUUUGUUGGCUGAACUGAACAUCUUGGGCUCAAUCAUGGGUAGUUUAGUUGAUCAUGUUACAGAGUCAAUUUGUGUACAUUGGAGUUCCGGAGGGGUCUAUUUGUGUUAUAAUUUAUUAGAUUAGCAUGUAUCUAUCUAGUUUUGAUUCAUUCAAAAUCUCCAUAUGGAGGCUUUUCUUCCUUGCUUUAAGCUGGCCUUUCACAAAUCAUCCUGGUUAUGUAUAUAUAUAAUAUAUAAUUAUAUAUACACAUUAUACCUGCUCAA